AUGAAAGACAUUUCUGUUUUGUCUUUUUGCAUUACUGAGUUAAGACAGCUUGAAACCGAAGCUAAAUGUGAGACUGUGGAGUUGCAGAAAGGAGAUGCCAAGUCCAAUGAAGAAACUCAAGGUAAAAAGAAUGAUGCCAUGAAGAACAAGAUAAAACAGAUGAUGGACGUGUCACGGAUAAAGACAACUCUGACAAUUGUUGAAGGAGAACGAGACCGAUAUAAGGCAAUACUACUGGCUGAAGAAAAUUCCAGACACCAACUGGAAGAGCAAAUAAAAAAGCUGGAGCAUGAUCAUGCUUCUUUGAACAGCGAGAAGUCCCAUCUCGAAAUUGAAUUCAAGACCAUGGAACAGAAACUGGACAUCAUGAAUGAGUUGUACCAACAGAAAGAGAAUGCACUCCAGCAAAAACUAACACAGGAAGAGUAUGAGCGUCGUGAAAAGGAGCAGAAACUAUCUGAAGUCGAUAGCAAGGCUGUGCAAGCACGAGAGGAAUUAAAGAUUUACAAGCAAAGAAUUCAAGAAAUCAGGGAGGAAUUACAAAAAACAGACCGCUUUUAUAAAAUUCAGAUUGCAUCUCAUGAAAAGAAAGCACAUGAAAACUGGCUUAAUGCACGAGCUGCUGAAAGGACUUUAGUGGAAGAGAAGAGAGAAACUUCAAACCUAAGACAAAAACUUGUUGAAGUUAAUGAUAAACUCAAAGAAAUCCAAAGAACUUCCCUAAUUAAAUCAACCCCUGGCCGCCCAGAUAGACAGAUCCCACCACCACACAGAGGCACACUGAACCAUAACAACUGCUAUGGCCCACCUCCUGUGAGUGGAGGUGACCCUUCCCACCCACCAAUGAUUGAGGGCCCUGGGCACCCUCCUUCUGCUCCUGUGGGUAGAAGAGAACCCUUCGGUCACAUGGAUGGUCAAUUUGGUCCAAGAAGACCCCCACCUGAAACUUCCACACGAUUUUCUGGCCCUGAACGUGGACUUCCACCUCCAUUUAGAGCAGAUGUUGGAGUAUGUGCCCCACCAUUGAUUUCUAGUGGCCCAAGGACUUCCUCGCCUAGCAUUCCAUUGGAUGACUCGCAAAUCCCUGUUGAACCUCAGGCUUUAUCUUCUUCCCCACCAAAAGAACCAGCUACUGUGAGUAUACAGAGCAGGGUUGCAUGGUGUAUGUAA